GUACAAAAGAGCGAAAUAAUUAUUUCAGAUAUUAAAUUAAAUGAUAAACUUAUCAAGGAAGUUGAAGAUGCAUUGAAAGAAACAGUUCAGGAUAAAAAAAAUAAACUUCUUAAAAUAUCUAAAAAAUAUAGUUACUUUUAUGCACAACAUUUUAUUUUGGGUGAACCUUCUAAAGCUAACAAAAUUAAUAUACAUUCUAAAAUCAAAGUAGAUUUUGAAAGUUUUGGUGAAAUUUUUAAAUUUAUAAAUAAGGUACAGGCCAGUACACAAGUUGUUUAUGCAGUUGGUAACGAAAAUACUAAUAAGCUCUAUGAAAUUGUUAAAACACAUAAUCUAGAUAUUAUUGGUGGAAACAAAAAUGAUAUAAGUGUUUGGAGAGAAUCUCUUGAAGAUAGAGCUAACUGGAAAAUCAUUAGAUAUGAUAAGAUUUUUUCAUUGUUUGAAUUAUUAGAAGAUUCUUUAAGAAAUAAGGUUUUAAGUGUUUUGAAUCACCGGAUUUUAAAGGAGUAUAUGAAUGAAGAUAAAAACCAUCCGGUAUUUGUUGUUCAUCAUAUAGAAGAAGCAGAAAAAGAAUAUUUUUCAAGCUUCUUAAUGUCUAAGAAAGAGAAAGUUAAAAUUAAGCUUUGUUGGGUUUUCAUUGGGCCACCAACAAGCUUUAAUUGCUUUGAUUUAAGUUUUAAUUGUUUUGAUUCGGGCAUUCACUAUUCAUCAGUAUUUAAAAGCGAAAAGUCAAUUCUUCGAGAUAUAGAUAAUUGCAUAAUAAAGAACUGUGGCAGAAUCGGUACUUGUGUAUUAGAAAUAAGUAACGAUAUUACUCAGAUGGAAUCAUCAAAUAAUUUAGAUACAGAAAAUAAAUCCGGAUAUCCGGAUAUCCGUUAA